AUGACGUUCGGGUUCCUCAUAGAGAAGAACUCCACGCUGAUGCUUGACUUCCAGCGAUUGGGAGACUCCGACAUGUCUGAUCCCGUGGACGGGAUGAGGCAGCUUCUUGAAGUCUGGGCUACCAGGGCCGCGGCAAAGAAGGCUGCCAAGAAAACAUCCAAGGCGCCCGGCUCGGAUCUCCCCCACAGCAAGGAGACGCCACGGGCGGAUCCUCGACCCGGCCAGGUCACAAUUGUCACGAUUCCUAUUACGGUCGUGGAAUUGGCCACCGUCCCCGACCUCGCUUACCCCCCAGUGAUCGAUCUGGAGCCGGAACCUGCGGACGCUCUGCUAUCCCACCGGAACAUUGACCUGGUGGCCGAGGCGGCCAUGAAGAUGGAGACGCUCCAGUUGGAGUUGGAGGCGGCCGUAAACCAAAGGGAAGCCGCCAAAGAGGCCUUGGCCAGUGAGACAGCCCAGGCAAAUGAGUCCCUGGCCAAAACAGUUUCUCAGGCCGGAGCGGACCGCGCGGAGCUCGAUCGGGCCACUCUCCAGCACGAAGAGGCCAUGUCCCAGAAGAAAUCCGAGGCCGAUGAGAAGAUGGCCCUUCUGGAGGCGGAGCUUCUCUGGGGAAAGACCGCAGAGGAGGCAGCGGCAACUCAGUCUAUCCAAGACCGGGAGAAGAUCAGAGGUUUGGAGGCUCGGAUCCAUGAUUUGGACAACUCGCUUUGCCAGAAGAAGAAGGCCCAUGAGGAGAUCCGCCGCGCGAAAGAGCAGGCGGACAACAUGCUGGGCGUUACCAUCAAGGAGGCCAUCUACAUGGCCUGGCCUUGUCAACUUGCUUUAAUUCUGUCAUUGAUGAAACUACCUGUCCAGUCCUCAACUUCAAAAAUCUGA